GGAUCCGCAGACUCCACUGAUCCCUCCCCUCAUCUCCGUGUCUCCCCCCACCCCCCACCGUGGAAGCUACCUAUCGCUCAUCUCCGUGUCCCCUCGCGCGCGUCUCCCUGUGGACCCUCCACUGAUACCGUAUCCCCUCCUCUCUUCUCGUCGCUCUUGUCUUGCCCCCACCACCACAACCUCGCCACCACCCCCCGCCGUGUCUCCCCACGCUCCCACAAACCCCCCGUCGCGCAGAGUCGAGGCCGAGCCGAGCUGCGCGUGCGUGCGUGCGUGCGAGCGAGCCCCAUGGCCGCGCUGUUGCUGUGCCUGACUCUGCUGGCCGUGGGGGGGCCGCGGACCCCACGAGUCGGGGCCCACUCCACGGGGGCCGCCGCGGGGGUCGUCGCCGCGGCCCCCCCGCGCACGGGGCUCAUGUUCGCGUCGCAGCAGAACCCCCCGGACCCGUGCUACGACGAGCACCGCAACCCGCGCCGCUGCAUCCCCGACUUCGUGAACGCGGCGUUCGGCAGGGAGGUGCUCGCCUCCAGCACCUGCGGGAAGCCGGCGUCGCGCUACUGCCUGCCCGCUCCAGCCACCGCUGCCGCCGCACAGGGUCCCGAGCCCGUGGCGUCGGGCUUCCAGGGUUCCUCUCAGCAGCAGGGCUCGCCUGGAGGAGCGGCGGCGGUGGCCGUCACGGGGCCGUGCUUCGUUUGCGACGCCGGCGACCCGCGGCGCUCUCACCCGCCCGCCUUCCUCACCGACCUCAACAACCCGCACAACCUCACGUGCUGGCAGUCGGCGAGCGGCGUGCAGUACCCGCGCAACGUCUCGCUCACGCUGUCCCUCGGCAAGAAGUUCGAGGUCACCUACGUGAGCCUCCAGUUCUGCUCGCCGCGGCCCGAGUCCAUGGCCAUCUUCAAGUCGUCCGACUAUGGCCGCACGUGGACCCCCUUCCAGUUCUACUCGACGCAGUGCCGCCGCGUGUACGGCAAGCCGAGCCGCGCCGCCGUCACGAAGCAGAACGAGCAGGAGGCCCUCUGCACGGACGCUCACCUGGCGGCCGGCGGCGGCGGUGGCGAUGGCUCGGGCCCGGGAGGCCUGGUGGCUUUCAGCACCCUGGACAGCCGCCCGUCGGCUCACGACUUCGAGAACAGCCCCGUGCUGCAGGACUGGGUGACCGCCACCGACGUGCGAGUUGUGUUCAGCCGCCUGCACUCGGCAGCGGGACCCGCCGCGGACGUGACCGGGCAGGAGUCGAACUCGAGCGGCGCCGACUCGGCGGUGGUCGAUGCCCUCUCGCAGUACUACGCCGUGUCGGAUUUCCAGGUGGGCGGGCGCUGCAAGUGCAAUGGCCACGCUUCGCGCUGCGUGCGCGACCGCGACGGGGGCCUCGUGUGCGACUGCCGGCACAACACGGCGGGCGCCGAGUGCGAGCGCUGCCGACCCUUCCACUACGACCGUCCCUGGCAGCGCAGCACGGCCCGCGAGGCCAACGAGUGCGUGGCCUGCAACUGCAACCUGCACGCCCGCAAGUGCCGCUUCAACAUGGAGCUCUUCAAGCUGUCGGGGCGCAAGAGCGGCGGCGUCUGCCUCAACUGCAGGCACAACACCGCCGGGCGGCACUGCCACUACUGCAAGGAGGGCUACUACCGUGACCUCGGCAAGCCCAUCGCGCACCGCAAGGCCUGCAAGCCGUGCGACUGUCACCCGGUGGGGGCCGCGGGCAAGACGUGCAACCAGACGACGGGGCAGUGUCCCUGCAAGGACGGGGUCACCGGGGUCACCUGCAACCGCUGUGCCAAGGGCUUCCAGCAGAGCCGCUCGCCCGUCGCGCCCUGCAUACGGAUCCCGGUCGUGACCUCCGUCCACACAGACAAUGGCGUCGGGAACCCAGAGAAGCCCUCAGCUGACUGUGACUCCCACUGCAAACCCUCCAAGGGGAAACUCAAGCUCAACAUACGGAAGUACUGCAAGAAGGACUACGCCCUGCAGCUGCACGUGCUGGACGAGUCGGCGGCGGGCGAGUGGACGCGCUACACGGUCAACAUCAUCUCCGUCUUCAAGCGCGGCGGCGUGAGCGGAGGAGGCACCGGCGGCACCGGCGGCACCGGCGGCAUGGCACCUCGCCGGGCCCAGCUGCGCCAGGCCCUGUGGGCGCGCUCCCGCGACCUCGCCUGCCACUGCCCCCCGCGUUUCCGCGCCGGCAAGAAGUACCUGCUGCUGGGUGGGGGGCCCGCCGAGCACGCCGCCCCCUCCGCGACGGGCGGCCUCGUGGCCGACAAGGACAGCCUGGCGGCGCCGUGGCAGGACGUGUGGGCGCGCCGGCUCAGAAAGCUGCAGCGCCGCGAGAAGAAGGGCAAGUGCCGCAAGGAGUACUAGCGGCAGGGCGCCCCCCCCCCCUCUGCCCCCCCUGCCCCCCACCGCCGCUUGGCGACACAUUGGUACGUUACCGUGAGGUUACAGCGUGACGACCCGAAAUGUCAAAUUUAUUUGGUCAAGCCACUGCCUGAAUGGAAGGCCUCGCCACGCCAUGUCGUUCAUGGGAAUUGUUUGACCAUACUUCACCACGCUGGUCAGUGUGGGUUGUUGAAGCUCAGCGCCCGGGGGGAGUGGGGGAUGGGGUUGAGUGGAGAGGGGGCUAGGAUCGGUUCUGACAUCGUCUUGCCACUGAUGUUAGCUGUGGCCGGUAAUUGAGCUAGGAUCUCCGCUGCCCCCUGAACGAGACCCCCCCCCCCCCCAGCCUCCUCCCGUUCCGUUCGUUUUUUUUUUCGGAAGCGACAACAUUGAACGGCAAACAGCGGUGAGUUUCAAUCAGAUGCUGUGAAUCAUUGCAGGUGAUGCGUAGGUAUCCCUGGGUCACGGGGUCAUCCGGGGGGGGGGUGAGAGGGGGUGAGGGGGAGGGUGAUCCGAUGUCCCGCAGUUCUCGUUCCGCAUCUCUCCAGGGACCUCCGAUCAACAUUGUCGACGUCGUCGUCAACAUCAUCAUCAUCAUUACCGCAUCGGUCGAGAUCAUUUUGUACAUUGUCUAUUUUUAAGAGAGGCUUAGUUUUCGUUUGGCAUAAAUCCUUUGAAGAGAAGUUGCGCGUUAGGCGUUUCUCGCGUGUGUUUUAAUGGAAGCAGAAGCCGAGGGUUGCGAAGCGGAGGGAACGCUCCGCGUGGAUCGGCGUUCCGAGCGAAGCUACCCGGGGAAAUGGAGGGGGGUGAAGGGGGGAGGGUGAAGGGGCGAGGCCGGUGGCGUCGAUGAUCAACGCAGAGGGGUGUCAGCGGCGUCUUUCGGAAGUUCGGUGGGGGGUGGGGGGGUUAAACGUUCACGAUUCACGGUGCAAAUACGCACACAGUUUUUUUAUUCUCUCUAAAUACUGGUACUAAAAAAAUAUAUAUAUAUAUACACGUGUGUAAUUCAAUGGAAGGAGUGUUUGGGGGGUGGUGAUGGUAGUGGAGGGGGGGGGGGGGAUAAACAAAACGAGUUAUUUAAUAACUUUUAAGAUAUUGCGAAGUUUGCGUAGGAACUGUUAGCGCGCCGCGACGAAGCGGGAAUUAACGCCGACACUACUAACGCCUUGCCUGAAUAAAGAUGGGUUCCUUCCUG